AUGGACAUCGACAAAAUGUUCAAGCUCCCCCCUGGGGGAACUGGGCAGGGAGUCAAAAGGAAACUGCCCGACCUCCCAUCGGAGGAAGUGCUCAAGCGUUUUCGACAAGACAGCUCUGCAAACGAGAGCGGCGACCGCAUGGUAAACCCUACCGCUGCCGAUGAUGCUCGGGCUGACGGUGAAAGCAAAUCCUGGACAUAUUCGAUCGCGCCGGCGAGAACGAUGCUGAGGUUCAUUGAAUCUGAGUCGAGUCUUGAUGCUGUAAUCAAGGAGUUCCUUCCACUCACCCAGAACCCAGCACUUUACUACCCCGAGAUUGUCGCUCAGGGAACCGUCGCUCGACUUUGCAGCCUUCUGGCCCACGACAACACCGACAUUGCUUUGGAUGUCAUAGAGGUUUUGCAAGAGCUUACAGACGACGACAUUGAUUCGGAAGGGUUAGGCGACGGUGGUGACAACUCAUCGUCCGCUUCACGCUUGGCAGUAGCGCAACUCAUUGACGACUUGCUCUUGGUAUCCAAUCUCGGUCGGCUGGACGAAAAAGAGGACGCAGAUCGUCAAGGUGUAUUUCAAACUCUCGGCAUCUUUGAGAAUCUAUUGUCGUUCAUGCCGCCUUUGGCCGAGCAGAUCGGAGAGUCCACGUCGUUCCUCGACUGGCUACUGAGGCGUAUUCGUGAGGAAGACUUUGACAGCAACAAACAAUACGCCGCAGAGGUCCUGUCUAUUCUCCUCCAAAGCAGCCAUUCAAACGUCAGCAAAGUGGCGGCAGCGGAGGGCAUCGAUGCUUUGCUCUUGGUCCUUUCCAGGGAUCCUGAGGACGGGGAGGAAUCAGAGUUUAUGGAGAACGCUUUUGAUUGUCUCUGCUCAAUCGUACGAGUCAACGAGUUCAAGUCUGCCUUCGUGGUGGCCGAGGGCAUGGAGCUCAUGAUAAUCAUGAUCAGCCGAGCGCUUCGUCGAUAUGCUCGGCCUGAAGACGCUGUUCUCAGCCUUCAUGGGCAAAGAGAAGACGUGGAAGGCGUAUACGAGGAGGAGAGGUACUUGCGCCGACUUGACGCUGGCCUGUCCGCUCUGCAACUUUGCGACUAUGUUCUUGCGUGGGUCUGCGUAGAGGACGACGGGGCCAAGGCGCACAUCGAAAAACUACUCGCACGAAGGGGCGAUGGCCUUGUCCAAAUUACCCAGACUCUCAGGGGUAGGUCUCUCCAUGCCGCGGUUACUGACGGUACAGACAUGCUCGGUCGCAUGAGCGAUAUCAAGGAUGACGUCCCGGGGGAUCACAGCGACUCUGCAUUGUCACAAAGAAGAUAUAUUUUACAAGAAUUGGUACAGUCCUUGUCAUAG